AUGGUGAGACAAAAUACUAGAGAAGAUCUGGCUAUGGUGAGACAAAAUACUAGUGAAGAUCUGGCUAUGGUGAGACAAGAUACUAGUGAAGAUCUGGCUAUGGUGAGACAAGAUACUAGUGAAGAUCUGGCUAUGGUGAGACAAGAUACUAGUGAAGAUCUGGCUAUGGUGAGACAAAAUACUAGAGAAGAUCUGGCUAUGGUGAGACAAAAUACUAGUGAAGAUCUGGCUAUGGUGAGACAAGAUACUAGUGAAGAUCCGGCUAUGGUGAGACAAAAUACUAGAGAAGAUCUGGCUAUGGUGAGACAAAAUACUAGAGAAGAUCUGGCUAUGGUGAGACAAGAUACUAGUGAAGAUCUGGCUAUGGUGAGACAAGAUACUAGUGAAGAUCCGGCUAUGGUGAUACAAGAUACUAGUGAAGAUCUGGCUAUGGUGAGACAAAAUACUAGUGAAGAUCCGGCUAUGGUGAGACAAAAUACUAGAGAAGAUCUGGCUAUGGUGAGACAAGAUACUAGUGAAGAUCCGGCUAUCGUGAGACAAAAUACUAGUGAAGAUCCGGCUAUGGUGAGACAAAAUACAAGUGAAGAUCCGGCUAUGGUGAGACAAAAUACUAGUGAAGAUCCGGCUAUGGUGAGACAAGAUACUAGUGAAGAUCUGGCUAUCGUGAGACAAGAUACUAGUGAAAGAUCCGGCUAUCGUGAGUGGCUGACAUAA